AUGGCAAUGGAUAAAGGAACAAAAGCCAUCGCCGUCAUGUGGGCGAUGACUAUACUAUCCUUCAUCCUGGUGCCUCUGCGCAUGUACACGAGAAUCUUUAUUAUCCAGGCACUAGGGCUGGACGAUCAUGUGUACAACCUUGGCUGGGUCUUCCUGCUUCUAUACACCGUGUUUCUCACCAUUUCCAACCGGCACGGAUUCGGACAACCGAUCAUGACCUUGUCCAUGGACGAAGCGGUGCACGCGAUUUACUUAGAAAUGGUCGGGCAAACGUUUGCCGUCCUGGGAAUGGCAAUCGCCAAGCUGUCUCUGGGUAUUUUCCUCCUCCGCAUUGUGGUCAAGACGUGGCAUCGAGUGUCGAUUUGGGUGUCAAUGGUCAGUCUGUCCAUUGUCUCGGUCAUGACGGCCGUGAUCUUCUGGACCCAGCGGCUGCCAUCAAAGUCCAUUUAUGAUCCGCGCGUCCCCGGGCGGACUGUCGUCAACGUUGUUCCCUUUUCAGUAUUACUUGGCUCAUGGUGUGCCGCGGUGGAUUUCUACUUUGCCAUCCUGCCUUGGAUCUUCAUCUGGAAGCUGAACAUGAAGCAGAAGGAGAAGUUGGUCAUCGCCAUUAGCUUGAGUCUGGGCUUUAUAGCCGGAAUCUGCGGUGUGAUCAGAACAAUUGAUUUAGGCGGACUAUCAAGCUCCAACUACACCGAGGACACAGUUGAUCUGAUCAUCUGGUCAGCUGUCGAGCUCGCAGCGACACUCAUCUGCGUCGGCAUCCCCACCAUUCGCCCCCUGUACAGGCAUAUCGUCCACGGUUCGCGGUUCAAAGAAUCCAACGAGGGUUAUAAGAAGCAUGACGAGAGUGGCGAGUCGAACCCGGGAAUUCCCAUGAAGCCCCUAGGUAGAAAGCCUCGAAAGGGUGAUCUCGAGACCACGACAUCGACCGUUUUGGGAGAUACUGAAUUUGAUAUGCCUCGCGGCGAGACAUCAUCGUAUGUUCAACAUGUGAGGGAAACGGACGAAGAGAGGCUCGUCAGUUCUCCAAGAGGGCCGUAUGUCAACUCCAUCCAAGUGCAUGAGGAGGUGACCGUUGAACGGAGCUCAAUGUUGACUGGCUAA